AUGCCGAAAGUCCAACGUACGAAAGCAAAACGGAAGACCGAACGGUCAACUGGGGAAAAUCAAGAAAGGGCAUUUAUUGCUGCCUCUAGGCGCCUAGAUCGAUCCCUUGAAGCUCGUUUCGAAUCCGCGCAAAAAGCGUCAACGUGCCACAAGAUUCGUACGGGCCGAGGACUGCGGAUCACCCGAGAAGCAGUAAAAAACGAAGAAAUGUAUGAGGAAGAAGAAGAUAACUUUCAUCGACAAAGGAUGCGGAACUUAGAGACCCAAAAUGAUAAACUCGAUAUGCAGUUGAACAUGCAUCCCUCAUACUUCACUUCAGGCCACCGGUUUAUGGGGUCUCCGUAUUACUCUGGCCCCAGUCCGUACCUAUCUCGGGGCUAUGAAAAUGGCGCUCCUAGCACACCUCAGUGGUACCAGGCACCCCGUUACAUGAAUCCAUACGGCGAAGCUUCCCGCAGUGUACCGCCAUAUGCACCAACAGAUUCAUGGAUUCAACCUCAAUCCAAUACAAGAUCUAUGUCUUACCCGUCGGUCGCACUCCCCCCAAAUGCCCAUGGCGCAAAUCUGCCAGGCAUGAGUCAACCGAUCGAAUCUUCUUUCCCAGCACAACGUUCAUUGUCAGCUUCGUCAGCCAAUGUAGAGGUUACGCCUGGUGCUACUUGGCCCCAAACGCCAGACCCGUACUCUCGCUCAAUCUCUCGGAGAAUGUUCUACGCGACGCUGCCAAAUACCCCACACGCAAAGCCAAAGCGACGACGUGCUGACCGGGCUGUUCAGCGUAUGGGGUACCAAUAUGGCUCUUUCAACGAAGAAGCAAUGCAUAAUGUGCCUGCAGCUCAGUCCCAAAUUCGGCGUUACAGUGCCCCACAGGUCCACCCGAUGGAGCAGAUGGUUUCGGGAAGCGCAUCAGCCGCUGCGGGUACAAUGAGCAGACCGGCAUUCGAUACGUCCCUUAGCAAUAGUUACUUCUACGGCCAGACAGUAAUGUGGAAUCCUUACAGCGAAUGGCACAACUCAUUCCGCCCUGACACUCGGGAGAUCACAGCGCAACCCGGUGCGAUGGUGGCCCCGCACGGCAACCAUAUUAACAGUGUGGCACCAGAAGCAUUAGCUCACCAACAAGGUGGAGAAGCAUCGAGAUGUUCAACAACUGGUUCGGUUUCCAGCGAGUUGACCGUACAACCAUCGACGUUCGUUUCACAGCCAUCGAGGAUCGACCAUACUUCUGGAUCAACCUCAAUUGCGUCUCAUUCUGAAAGCCCUGGACUGCGAAAUACAGAUGUGGAGCCAAUUGCACAGAAUAGUGCAGACAGUGGACCUUUGCAGGAGCCUACAGCCAAUAUUGACACUAAUGCACAAUCUAAUUCGGUCGAACCAGCUGCUGAAACUGAGUCGUCAAAUAACUUCAGUACGGAGUUUCUAUCUGAGGCUGCAACACCCUUGAACGAAAAUUCGCAAGAAUCCGAUAUAGGCUUGCCUGAGCUGGUGGCUCCGGAUUUGAUCGAAGAUUCUGCAGCUGAGUCAGCACUAGAUGUCUCCGCCGAUUUGGCACCCGAGUUGGAUAGCUCUGAAGUCCGGUUUCGCUGUCGAGGGUCGCUAGAUCCCAUCACUGGCACGGAAGUCUCUGACGAUAUAUGGCAAGAAUGUUUCAAUAAUGGGUUCUGGAAACCCGACAGCUUCGAUAACUCGGCGUUCAUGCCUGCGAACUCGGCCGACGAGUGA